AUGGUUUCAAAACUACAGUUUGCAUUAUUUGCAUUUGGUUGCAUUUCUUAUUACGUGCUGACACCUGUUGAGAGCAAAAACUUUGACCCGCACCAUGUCCGUCCUCAUACUCCCACCGAACAACCAGUUCCAGAUAGUCCUACUUUGCCACUACACUUACAUAAUCCUCAUGGACAUCAUAAUGGUCAUAAUGGGCAUAACGGACAUAACGGACACAACGGUAACAACGGUCAUCAUGGACAUAAUGGGCAGAACGGACAUCAUGGACAAAAUGGUCAUCAUGGACAAAACGGACACAAUGGACAUAAUGGGCACAACGGACACAAUGGACACAAUGGACAUAAUGGACAUCAUGGUCAUCACUAA